AUGUUUGGUCAGUCAAGCGGAACUGGAUCCGCUUUUGGCGGCUUCAACAACAACAAUAACAACACAAAUCAACAGGCUCCCCUCUUCGGGAGCAACACGGCCUCUACGAAUCCCGCAUUUGGAUCGACUACGUCAACCACUGGAGCCUUCGGCCAAACCAGUGCGUUCGGAUCCAACACCGCUCCUGCAAGCGGUGGGCUGUUUGGUCAGAACAACAACACCAACAAUCAAUCGUCUGGAUUCUCUGGAUUUGGCAAUGCAGCCCGUCCAACCUUUGGUGCUGCAUCGACUGGAUUUGGUGGAAACGCGACGAAUACCGGUGGUGGACUGUUUGGAUCGACUCAGACCAACACGGCGAGCACCACCUCUCCCUUUGGCGGCAAUAGUGCUUUUGGAUCGACGAAUAACACCACCAGUCCCUUUGGCCAAACCAACACUACGCCAUCUAGCGGUGGCUUGUUCGGAUCAGCAGCAGCGAAGCCUAGCUCUGCGUUUGGCGGGUUCGGCUCCACGUCCACGAAUACCUCCCCUGCCGCUGGAUUUGGUGGAAGCUUUGGGUCCGCUAAUGGUGCUACGAAUCAAGGAACUGCCUUGACUCCUUUCCAACCCCUGAAAGAGAAGGAGCCCACUUCGAAUGUGACGAGUGUGUAUCAGAGCAUCUCUUGCAUGCCCGCCUAUCAAAAGUAUUCGUUUGAGGAGCUUCGCGAGCAAGAUUAUGCUCAGGGCCGACGCUAUGGAAACAGCACCGGUGCUGGUGCGUUUGGAAAACCUACUGGAUUCGGAUCCGGUACGUUCGGUCAAACUAAUACUGGUUUCGGGCAAACAAACAACACUCCUGGUGGAAACGGUCUGUUUGGAAAUGCCAACAAUAACUCCCCUAGCACUACCGGUGGUUUUGGAUCAACAGCAUUCGGAGCUAACAACACCAAUAACACCAACAACACUUCAGGUGGACUCUUUGGUCAGAAACCUGCAACCGGUGGGUUGUUUGGUAGCACGAAUACAGGCAGCACUUCAGGUGGAAUGUUUGGCAGCAACAAUACCAGCAAUGCUUUUGGCGCUACCAACAACACUACCUCGGCUCCGGCAUUUGGACAAACCAACACCACUGGAUCUGCUUUCGGAGGCGGAUUUGGUGCGAACAAUAACAACCAGCCCAAGCCUGCGUUCGGUGCCACAGGAACUACUGGAGGAUUCGGAGGAUUUGGGGCAAACAACACAGCUUCGGCUGCGCCCGCUUUCGGUGGUUCUACAGCUACUACGUUUGGUGCUCCUGCCGCUGGAGCUGCCGCUGGUACUGGUACUGGCUUAUUUGGCAACACCAAUACCAACACUGGAUUCGGUCAGACCAACACGAGUACUACUCCAGCUUUCGGAGGAUUUGGUGCUGCCAACAACAAUGCCGCUGCCACCAGUCAGCCGUCGACGUUUGGAGGAUUCGGAGCUACUGCAAACAAUAACAAUGCGGCUCAGACAAAGCCUGCAUUUGGAGGCUUUGGAGCAGGAGGUUUCGGCUCAACGACCACCAAUACCACAUCGACUCCAAUGUUUGGACAGUCCCAGAACAACCAGCAGAAGCCCGCCUUUGGUUUUGGCCAGACGCAACCCAAUCAGCAACAGCCUGCUGCCGGUGGACUAUUUGGUUCCAACAACACCACUCAACCUAGCACUGGAGGUCUGUUUGGAAGCGCCAAUAACACCAACAAUACGUCUGGUGGUUUGUUUGGUGCAAACAAUAAUACUCAGAGCUCUGGUGGACUCUUUGGCGCCAAGCCCCAAACAGGUGGUUUAUUUUCGGCUGCUCAACCCCAGCAGAAUAACGGCCUCUUUGGCGGAGGAGGAUUGAAUGCAGCUGGUGGUUUCGGCACCCAAAACAAUUCCUCGAUGUUUGGAAAUUCUCAGCAGCAGGGCAAUUCCAUGUUUGGUGGAUCGCAAUUCGGAGGAGUCGGCGGACAGCAGCAGAACCCACUUCAGGCGUCCAUUGACCAAAACCCGUUCGGAGCUAAUCCGCUCUUCUCCUCUACCUCUGGACCAAACCAAAGCUCUCCUGGCCCGAUUGCGACGCCCAUCUCCAAUGCCGCGCAAAAGAAGAAGCCUGCUUUACUGCCUACUUACAAGCUCUCGCCUCGUCCGGCAUCAAGCCCGCGUCCAAAGUCGGCAAAUGGUCGGUCGGCUUCCGGUAGUCUUUCGUCAGGCAGCGGCUCAAACGGUUCAGUUAUGUCAAAGAGUCUGCUCUUUGAUGGAUUGGCAGACAAGGCAAUUCUUUCUUCGGAUGCUUUUAGCCCGCGUAAUGAUAUCAGAAAGCUUGUGAUUGAUAAGCGGGUGACCGAGUCCGAGCUGCUUACGGGAGGCGGAGACCUCGGAAAGUUCAGUGCGACACCGUCUAAGGAACCAAAGGAAGUGCCGAAGCCGCGCGCGGUGCCAGAAAUGAAGGAAACUACCACUAAUGCACCUUCACUUUUUGCCAAGGCAGUUUCGGCUCCUGUCGAAAAGAAGGAGGAGCCUGCUACGCCUAACGUGACUGCGUCCACCGAGACGCCCGCCAGUUCAUUGGCUAAACCUGCCGCCACCUUUGAUAGCCCAUCGUUUGACAACGAUGGCUAUUGGAGUUAUCCCAGCCGGUUGGCACUGCGCAAGAUGAGUCUCAAGGAGCUGUCCGAGGUUGCAGAUUUUCAGGUGGGAAGAAAGGGCUAUGGCGAGGUCAGCUUCAGCCGUCCUGUUGAUCUCUCGACUUUUGCUCACCCGGAGCAGAUUCCUGGACAGUACGUGAUCUUUGGUAACAAGACUUGUGCGGUCUACCCUGAUGAUAUCAACAAGCCCGAAGUCGGCAAGGGUCUUAAUAUCCCUGCGACGAUCACUCUUGAGAACUGCUGGCCUAUCAAGAAGGAUACCAAAGAGCCCAUUCUUGAUCCUGACCAUCCUGCUAUUCCUCGUCAUCUGCAGCGCCUAAAGUCCUAUGCCGGUACGAAGUUUGUUACUUAUAUGGCUGAUAAAGGAACUUGGGUGUUCACUGUUGAGCAUUUCAGUGUUUGGGGUCUGGUUGACGACAGCGGUGAUGAAUAUGACGAGACGGAUGAGCCUGCUGAAGUCAAAAUUCCCGAGUCCAACGUCCAGCCUAUGUUACAGUUCCCAAAAGCUCCGCAGGAGACAGCUUUGUAUGGAUACUCGCCUAUGAAGACCGACACUGCGCCGCUCGCAACGCCUCUGAGAAAUAUCUCUGAGGCAAUGUCUUCGCCUGCUGAACUUGAUGAUUCACCAAGUGUGGCUAGGUUGCCUGGAGGAUGGAACGCAAAUUCUGGCAUGUUCUCUGCUCAGCAGCCUUUUUUAGCCCGAGGGGACACCUUCAAGAAUAGCCAACCUAACAUCAUGGCCGAUGUUCGUUCUACUUACCACGAUGAGGAAGAAGAGCAGACCUCGGACGAGGAUAAGGAGGAAGUUCAUGAGGAGGAAGAGGAAGGUGUCCCCGAUGAAACUGGAUCUGUAAUUGGACCUGAGGAUGAAGACUAUGACGAUUAUGAAGGUGACGAAGAGUUGGUCGAGCCUGUGCAUGUUGAGGUUGGCCAAGAUUGGAUCGAGCAGCUGAAGUUUGCAGAGAGACCGACGAGUCUGUGGAAUGAAGCAGAGGCUACGAGAAAUGCCUGGCUUGAGGAUACAAAGUCCUCAAAUCGACUGGGAGACGACAAGUUCACUUUCGCUGAUCUUGAUUCCGUCAUCUUUGGAGGCGAUCGAUUUUUUGAUGAAACAGAAGAAGCAGAGAGGCGUGCCAAGGAGGAGGAGGCGGAGGCUGCAGAGAAGAAUGCUAGCAAGAUUCUGUUUGCUCUUUCUGGAAAAGAGAUUGUUCCUCGUUCGCCAGUUGAGGUUGCUAUCCCAUCCUCGGGUUUCGACUUUUUGCGCAUACACUUGAACAACUCGGUGAUCCGUUUCCGAGAAGCCGGUCUGCCUUUGUUCCAACCGAAGCCAGAGCUUACGUUUGUGGAUGUCUACGAGUUCUACAAUCGUUCGCUUGGAAGUGCUGAGGGUGUGAAGAAUAUCUGGAAGCUUGCGAGUAUCCUGUUUGAUGACGUUCGUAUGGAUGCUCAGCUGGUGAGCCCUUCUGCGGAUCAUCAGAUUGCUGCGGAGUUGAUUCGGAAGUCGAUGCUAUCUGAGUUCGUGGAGAGGCUUGCGGAGAAAAAAGUUUCCGACGACUUGCAAAGGCUGCCGCACGAGGAAGCAGUGUUUGUGCUGCUCUCCGGGCAUCAGAUCGAGCAGGCCUGUAUUGAGCUGGUGAAGGACCGCAAUCUUCACCUGGCGACUCUUGUUCCGCUGAUUGGCGGCGACGCGGAUUUUCGACGGGAUAUCAAGAAUCAGAUCAACGACUGGACGAUGCGGCAGGUGCUGGCGCACGUGCCGCCUGCGAUUCGUAAGAUUUAUGAGUUGAUGUCUGGUAAUACGUCGAUUGCUAGCGGAAGUCAGGGAUCGACGUUCGCGGAGGACAAAGUGCCGGAGAUGUGUAUUUCCAAGGGUCUGGACUGGAUUCGCGCGUUUGGCUUACGCUUGUGGUACGAGAUUUUCGAAGAAGAUAGUAUCGACAAAGCGGUGAUUGCGUACGAGUCUGCGCUCAAGGUCAGUCCCGAGAUCGCGUCUCCUUUGUCGGGAUCGUCAAAGACAGAUACGAUGUAUGAGUUACUCAAGCUCUACGCUGACAAGUCAUACGCUAUUGAGUCUGCCGUGAUUCCAGCACGGCCGGAUGGCGAAGCGCUGGAUUUGUCAGUGACAUGGCAGUUAUUCAACAUCUUGUUCCGAGUGAAAUCGAUCCGUUCUGUGAACGAGCAGACCGUGACGAGCGGAGACGGGCUUUGCGUUGACUUUGCGUAUCAGCUUGAGAGUGCGGGAGAAUGGACGUUUGCGAUUUUUGUUCUCCUGCAUAUCGCAGACGUGAAGAUAUGCAAGACUGCUGUGCAGGAUCUGUUGAAUCGGCAUGUUGAGGAUAUGGACGGCGCUGCGGAGAGUUUCCUUGUGGAUACCUUGCGCGUGCCGAAGAAGAUGAUUUUGACUGCAAAGGCGCUCUAUGCUCAUCGUGCCGAUGAACCUGUUCAGGAAGCUCGCUAUCUUCUUGACGCGGCGGAGUGGACGCAGGCACAUGCCGUGAUCAUCCGAACCGUCGGUCCCAGGGCGAUUAUUUCAGAGGACUAUGACUCUUUAUUGUCGCUCCUCAGCCGAUUUGAAGACGUCACUGAGAUCCCAGGCUGGAACAUUGGCGGGCAGAUCUACCUCGACUAUAUCGCGGUGAUGAAGUCGCAGCAGGUAGAUAUCUACGACGACGACGAAGACGACGAGAACGCGUCUGAGAAUAUCGAGGCGUGGUGGCCGAGACAGGUGCGAGGUAUCCCGGUACAAGACGUGAGCCUGGAAGACUCUGUUGACCGGCUGCGGUCCAGUCUGCCGAUGGCUGAUACGGAAAGUCUGGGGUUCCAUGCUAUGGUUGCCGUGCAGGAGAUGGCGAAGAUUGUGGGAGUCGAUGUGUAG